AUGGGUUCUGGAUGGACCGAAUAUGACGAGGCUUGCGCGAAUGCCCGUGCAAGUAGUAAGGCACUACUGCUGUCCAUGGGCGAGCUAGUUCCACCUAUGGUGAAGAAGUCGUCUCAAAAGCCCCGGGCACCGCGCAAGCGCAAGGCAGCUGAUGAAGAAGCAUCGGACCAGGACGAGACCAGGAGUACACCCAAAAUUGCUCGUCUCGAGAAUGUCUCUAGCGGCGAUACUGCAAGUCUACGCAGGAGUGGCAGAAAUCGUGGCAAGAAAGUUGACUAUGCGAGCGAGUCAGUAGGACACACGCUUCCCCGUCUGACCGCUGUCAGAACCGGUAUUAGCAAGAUGGACUCAGAACCAAAAAGUGCGAACAGGAGAACACAUGACCCAAAGACUUUCGGAGCAAUUCCCGGUAUUCCAAUUGGUACUUGGUGGCUUACGAGGGAGGAGUGUAGUCGAGACGCGAUUCACGCGCCCUGGGUAGCCGGCAUUGCUGGUAGCAAAGACGGUGCCUAUUCUGUAGCCUUGUCGGGCGGAUACGAGGACGACGUAGACCUCGGAAAUGCUUUCACUUUCACUGGUGCAGGUGGUCGCGACCUAAAGGGAACGAAGUCGGCCCCCAAAAAUCUCCGCACGGCGCCCCAGAGUUGCGAUCAGUCGUUUGAGAAUCCUUCCAAUGCAGCCCUGAAGAAAUCUUGUGAAACAAAGAAGCCUGUUCGUGUAAUCCGUGGCUACAAGCUGCAAUCGGACUAUGCUCCCCACGAAGGGUACCGAUACGAUGGCUUGGAUGGAGAAGGGAUUAAAUCCCAAGGGAUAUUUAGUGUGCGGAUACUGACGCGGUUCAACUUUCAGAGGAUGGCAGGACAAGCACCUCUACUGAUCUAUGACGAUGCAGCUCCUGAUCGCUCUUCACCUGUCUCCGAUGGUUCUGAAAUUGCCGAAUAG